GCGGCGGGCGGCGCCGCUGUGCGGGAGGAGACGGCGGCGGCGGCGGCGGCGGCGGCGGCGGCGGCGGGGCGGGAGACGGAGGAGGGCGGCGGGGAAGCGGCAUGGGCGCCUGACGCCCGUCCCGUCCCGCCGCCGAGGGACCAUGGCGCGGCCCUGCGGCGGGCGGUGGCUGCUGGGCGUCCUCCUCGCCCUGUGCCGCUUGGCCGCGCCGCUCGCCAAGAGCCUGGAACCGGUCUCCUGGAGCUCCGGUAACCCCAAGUUCAUGACUGGGAAGGGGCUGGUCAUCUACCCAGAGAUUGGGGAUAAACUGGACAUUAUCUGCCCCAAGGCGGAGCCGUCCAAGCCUUACGAGUACUACAAGUUGUACCUGGUGAAGAAGGACCAGGCAGAUGCCUGCAGCACCGUCAUGGACCCCAACGUGCUGGUGACGUGCAACCGGCCAGAGCAGGAGAUCCGCUUCACCAUCAAGUUUCAGGAGUUCAGCCCCAACUACAUGGGCCUGGAAUUCAAGCGGCAGCAGGAUUACUUCAUCACAUCCACUUCCAACGGGACGCUGGAUGGCCUGGAGAACCGGGAAGGAGGGGUCUGCCAAACACGCUCCAUGAAGAUUGUCAUGAAAGUGGGGCAGGAUCCGAACGCAGUGAUCCCAGAGCAGCUGACCACAAGUCGGCCGAGCAAGGAGGCCGACAACACCGUGAAGAUCGUCACACAGAGCCCGCGCAGCAAGGUCCCCGCGGUGGAGGAGCCCGGCAAGCCGGGAUCUGUCAACCAGGACGGCCAGGAGACCCAAGGUCCCAGCGAUGGCUUCUUGAGCUCCAAGGUGGCUGUCUUUGCGGCAAUCGGCGCUGGCUGCGUCAUCUUCAUCCUCAUCAUCAUCUUCCUUGUCGUCCUCCUGAUCAAGAUCCGCAAACGGCACCGGAAGCACACGCAGCAGCGAGCUACAGCCUUGUCCCUCAGCACCUUGGCCAGCCCGAAAUGCAGCGGGAAUGCGGGCUCCGAGCCCAGCGACAUCAUCAUCCCCUUACGGACUACAGAGAACAACUACUGCCCGCACUACGAGAAGGUGAGCGGGGACUACGGGCACCCCGUCUACAUUGUCCAGGAGAUGCCCCCCCAGAGCCCAGCCAACAUUUACUACAAGGUGUGAGGAGCAGCCUCGGCAAGCCGCCGAUGCAGGAGCACGGGAGCGCCGAGCACAGGGGGCAGCUGCCCCCAGGGUCUCCCCACGGGCGGUCUGGCGCCAGGAGGGAGGAAGCGAAAUGAACCCCACGGCACGGCGCGGGGAGCGCCAGGGUCCGGCGCUGGAGAGCGGAUGGCUCGCUCGCACACUCGCGCGCUGAAUUCUCCCCUUUGUAUUUAGUUUUGUAGUUCUCAGCUUUUGUAAUCCCGAGACUCGAGGGUGAGCCUUCAGCAUCCUCCUCUUCUUCUCCAGGACUGCGGCCGGCCAGGGGUGGGUGCCGUGCCUUUCCGUGCUCGCUUGGACACCGCGGGCAAACACAGAGACUCCACCUCCCCUUUUUCGCUUUGGGAUUUCCCCGCGUCACCCCUCUACGUCCUUGUGUGAAGUGCCCGUGCGCCUGGCGCCGCAGCGGCUGCCGCUCGGGUCCCGGAGCCUGGACCGACGCCGGGGCCGCGGCGAGGAGCCUCGGUCCGAGGAGGAGCAAGCAGCUGUGUGUGGGGAGGAGGAGGAUGCUUUGCCUAGGUGCCAAGAUGCAGACAACUGUGCAGGGAGGAAGCUGGCAAACCCGAUUUACUACUACUACUAUUAUUAUUAUUAUAAUUAUUUUAAUUUUUUUGUAACAUUUUUAUUUUUGUGAAUUCCGGGCGGGAUUCCGGCCCGCCGCCUUCGGGCACAUGCCAUCGCCUCCUUCCAGCACGCCAUCCCACUGUCCGCGGGGCAGACCCCGCUGCUCCCAGCGCUGCCCUUUUAAACUUUUGUGUUCAUAGCUGUUGACUCUUGUUUUAGUCUCUUUAUAAAAAGAAAGAAAGAAAAAAAAAAUAUCUAUACCAUGUCUCAAGCAUUCAGUGCGCGAGAGUCCGGGUGCUCCUCCUGUUCCAUGCGGAGCAGCAGCCUUGGCCUGGCAGCUCUUCCCAACGCCCUGAGGGUGUCCGACUGCAGAGAAAAGCCUUUGAUGAGGGUUUCCAUCGGGCUGGGGCAGAGCCUGCUGGAAGCAGAGUAGGGGGCAGCUGGAGACCAGGGGGUAGCUGCAGCCCCCGGUCUUGUCCGCCAACUGGUGAUGCUGUGGGUGGCUGUUCUUGGAAAGGAAAACUGGAAAACAAACAUUCCUGACCCACGGCUGGUGCUGGGGAGGCUGGGAGUGCCAGGAGGAGGCUGGUGCUUGGCGCUGGAAGCCCCAUGGAGGUGUAACACGGGUGGCUGUAGCCCCAUACUUGGCUUGCUGGGAGCUGAGCCGAUGGCUCCUGCCCCAGCCUGGUUUACCAGGGGAACCCGGUGCCCUUCUGUGGGACCUGUCUUUGGGGACAGGACCCUGCAGCGCCAGCCCCUGCCUGCCAUGCUUCCCACACAGGAGCAUCACCAGCCCUUGCUCACUCUGCCCUUCUGCCCUUGCCUUGCCCCUCUCUUGUCCAGAACUGGAAGGGUUGAGCCUUGGGCUCUUCUGGUGGAAUCAUUCCCAUCUUCAUCUUCCCAGGAGGACCUGCCAGCUCUGUGGCUGAUGCUGGCGAGCAACACAGGGCAGGUGGUGCACAGCCACCCCCCUGUCUGCAGCCUGUCCAGCCUGGGGGCUGGCGGCCACCCCCUUCUCCUUCCUUGCUUUCUUUUCCUUUCAGAAGUAGCUGCUUUUGCUCAGGGAGUGAGCGUGGGGCAGGCGGUGCUGCUCCCGGGGCAGCGGGCUUGCGGUGGCUCGAGGCCUGGUUUGUCCUUGCCUGUCCCCAGGGCCCCAAAACCCGUGUUAGGAAGUGCCCAUAGAGCGAGAGAGCUGCUCUGCAAAAGUGCCUUGACGAGGAGCGGGCAGGGGUGGCAGGAGGGGCAGAGCAGCGGAUGGGAAACCCAGUGGCUCGAUGCUGUGCUGGGGGUUUGGCUGCGGUCCUGAGUGGGACUGGAGCAUCCCGCAGCGUUGUGUUGUUGGUUGUUCUGUUAAAGGUAGGAGGCUGGGCUGGAGCAGAGCAGGCUGCCCCUGCUCUCCUGCACUCAGCAUCCAGCACUGAGGAUGGCUUCUAGGGCCCUAAAAUGGCUACUGCCCUCGGGAGAGAAGAGCCAUAGCGGGUGCUCCCCCCGGCCUGGCCCUUCUCCCUGGUCCCUCCAUGUAGCACCUUUUAGCCCCUCUCCCCCACUGCAUCCAUGCCAGCACUGCCUGCCCUCGGCUGCUGCUGAAGGGCUGGAGCCACCACAGCUGGGACCCCCCCAUUCCCUGUUGGAGUGGGGUCUGCCCUCAGAAAUCACAGCAAAUUGUGUCUUAAAGAAAAUCCCCCUUUCCCUCACUGGUGCCCUUUCCCAUCUGCUGCGUGGUGACCUGUGGUUCCUGAUGUGGGCAGUGGCGGUGGUGGAUCAGGAGGGAGCAGUGGCUGGUGUGGAGGAGGUAUUUGGGGGAUGAUUUAGUUUUGGUUCGUUUUGGAGGAGAAGGGAAUGAGUCUGGCCACAGUUGUGCCAAAAGCAAAGUGACGGUGGCUCUUACCCGGCUCAGUGGCUGUCCCCAGCCGGGCUGCAGCUCAGCAGCCCCAUCACCUCCAUUCCUGUUGCUGGGGGCAGCUGAGAAACCUUGUAAAUAUGUGAAGAAAGGGUGAAAUCUGAACUCUUGGUUUUUGCUGAGCACCUCGGUCUGCUGGGUCCUGAAAUGGAGUGUGUCCCUUCGGUUCUUUUCAUUGAAAGCAUUGAAGUUUGGUUGGUUUCUUUUUUUUUUUUUUUUUGUCUUAUUUUGUUUUGUUUGUGUAAAUACUAGUCUUUUUUGGAAGAAAUAAUGUAAAGAUGUUUUGUAUAAACUCUGAAUUAUUU